CACCUCCCAGGUCCCUGCCGAUCCCUGAGAAGUUUCUGGAACAUCCUUGAGACCGAUGUGGAGAUGGAGCAGAUGAAGGACCCGGCUGAGGCCCAGGGGACCGACCAGCCCUCGCCGUCACCUGGAACUGAGCCGUGGCCCCCUGCGCCUGCCACAGCUCUGCCACCCUGGCCCCUGGGCCCCCCAGACCCAGCCCACCUGGGGCUCCCUGAGAGCCUGGCCUCUGUGACGGUGCCCGUCCGCCUGGACGCCCUCUCCUACCUGCUGCACAGUGCCCUGAUGGGGGCCUGCACCCUCCAACAGGCCUUGCCCUCCUGCCCCUGUGUCCUCCAGGCAUGCCCCAACCAGCCCACCACGGCCAAGAGGCCUCCCCAGAGAUGCGAGGGCUGGGACGUCCAGCACAGGCCAGGCCGGGGCCGGGGCGCCCGGGGCGGGGCCCGGUGCCGGGGCCGGGGCCAGCGGCAGUGGAGCCCUGGGAGAGCAGAGAAAGCAGAGAGGGGCUUUGCGGGGGGCUCCAGGGCUGGCCCCAAGACCCCGCCGCUGGCAUCGCCAUCAUCACCACCACCACCUGCCCAGGAUGGGAAGAAGGAAGCCCAAGGUCCGGAGCCAGCCCUGGACGCCCCACCUGCUGUGGAGGACUGGGAGACAGAGUACUAGGUCCGGGAGGGCCAGCACCAGGGCUGCGGUCUCCAAGGGCUUUUUGGGUCCCAGAGUAAACCUGGUCCCAUCCGAGGUUCCCAUCCUCCCCCUGCCCCAUACCAUGGCCUCGAAGGGGGUCCUGCAAGUCCCCUACUGAAGCCUAGCCCUGACUAAGCGUCACAAGCCAGAAAAACGCGUGACCCUCAGCCCCAGCCCCAGGCCCAUGCCUGGCCCCCUCAUCCUCACCCCAUUUCUAACACCGCCAAGCUACACCUGCAGCCGCGCUGUCGGCCCCAUCCCUAACCGGGAUCCAACCUGCCUCCCCAGCUGCAGCACCCCCACCACAUUCCCAGCCUCUGCACGCCCUUUCCCCAACCCUGACCCAGUUCGGUGCCUCAGCCCUGAGCCACCCUCAUUCCCACCUCCAUCCUGUUCCCUGUGACCCUUCGCCCAACUGUAACUGUCCCGCACUCCAGCCUGAACCCAGCUCCGUCCUCAGCCUCCUUCCCACCCCAGACCCUGCCCGCAGAGCUGCCUUGGCCCGGCUCUGAGACACGUCGCCCGAGCCCUGGCACCGUCCUCUGCCCUGCAGGGCGGGAUGCCCUGAGUGCACAAUAAAUGCACGAUGCUCCUCUGUCUCGCGUGUCUGUGUGUUGCUUACACAGCUCAGGCCGCCCAGGGGUGCCGUGAGCAAGGCCUGGGAAGAGGUGGGGGUGGGGAUGGUCUCCGAGGGAGGCCGUGGG